AUGGGUAAAGAUACUGAAGGGAGCGAACCCAAUAUUCAUGAUCCAUAUGCAUACCAUAGACCUCAUUUUAUUAGAUGGAAGGGGUCAGUUAUAAAAAAAGUACUUCCUUCUACUAUGGUAAUUACAAUAGUAGCAAUAAUUGUGACGGUGGUUCAUCUAAAUACUCCCAUUAAAAUGGGUAUACAGCAAUCCUUUAUUACGGUACUUAGUUUCGUUGUAGGUCUGUUACUUACUUAUAGAACGAAUACCGCAUAUGACAGAUAUUGGGAAGGAAGAAAACUUUGGUCAACUAUAACGGUAGCUAUAAGAAGUUUAACAAGAAAUAUUUGGAUAAAUAUCAAGCAGGUAGAUACGAAUUCGAGAGAUAUCGUGGAAAAAGUAUCCGCUAUAAAUUUAUUAUCGGCAUUUGCCUUUGCCACUAAACAUUAUCUACGAGAAGAUCCACCAAGCGAAUAUAUAGAUUUAAAACGUUUUAUAUCAAAUAUAAAAAGUGACUUACCGGGAUUUGAACCGAUUGAAGAACAAGAUUUAAGAGAUAAUAUCAAAAAAUAUGGACCGAGUUUCAUAAAUCGGCUUAAAAAAUCACACCUAACUCCAGCACCCGAAAAUUACAAUUUACCUUUAACUAUCACACUUUACCUUGGAGCAUAUCUUGAAGAUAAAGUACGACAAAAGAAAAUCGAUGUUCCGACUAAUAACGUGAUGCACGCUUCAUUAAAUUCUUUGGUCGAUAGUUUAACAUCUUUAGAAAGAAUUUUAAGAACUCCCAUUCCGUUGGCUUAUUCAAUUCAUUUAAUUCAAACUGUUUGGAUUUAUUGUCUCUCUUUACCUUUUCAGUUAGUUGUGCGUUUUGAAUAUGCGACUAUCCCUAUUGUUUUCUUAGCUUCACUUGUUUUGAUUGGAAUUGAGCAGAUUGGUAGUGAAAUUGAAAACCCUUUCGGUCAUGAUGCUAACGACUUAAAAUUAGAUGAUUUCUGCAAACUUAUUGAGCUUGAAUUGGAUACAAUCAUUUCCAACCCACGUCAAUCCGUAAACGAUUUGGUAUAUACUGAAAAGAAUCGUCCAUUCGGUCCUAAUGGUAUUUCAGCUUCUGAUGCUCGAAAACUUUCAACAGAAGACGUUCGUACAAGACUAUCUUAUACAUCUGAAUUGGAAAUCCAAAUUCCUUCCAUUCCUUCCAAUCAGUAA